GCAGUGCCCGCCCUCCUCCCCUCCUAUUGGGCUGUGUGAAGGACUCCGGGCCGGCGGUGGGGGGUGCUCGCUGCGCUGCGUCUGACAGCUUUGCAGCGGCAGAGCGCAGCGUGAGUCUCCGGCUGCUCCGCGGGGGGGAACUCUGCUUCUGUUACCACGAACAUUCAGCUGCUCGGAGGGUUUCAAACAUGCCUCAGCCGGGACCCGAGAGCGCACAGGCGGACUGAGUCCCCGGCAUCGCCUCGCCGUGGUCACAUUUGGACACAGCGCGUCUUCUCACUUCCACCUGCGUGGUUGCGCGUCGGGACCGGGCAGCCCAUGGGAGGGAUGUCGCGAUGCUGUGCACAAGGAGAACUAAAACUUUGGUGUCGACAUGCGUGAUCCUGAGCGGGAUGACCAACAUCGUCUGUCUGCUGUACGUCGGCUGGAUCACCAACUAUGUGGCCAAUAACGGCGGUACCAAAGUUGCGGGAGAGAGCGGCGGCGCAGGCGGAGGAGGUGGAGGAGUCGGAGUCGGAGGAGGAGGAGGAGGCGAGGCGGACAGAAAGUUGGAGGAGGACAGCAAAGGGGAAACCCUCAGGAUUAUCGAGAGGCUGGACCGGCUGGAGAGCGUCGUCAACGAGCACAUCAAAGAGACGCCGCAGAAGGACGGCGAAGACGCCGCCGCAUCCUCGUCAGACUCGGCAUCGAACUCUGCCGCUGCCUCGCUGUUCGAUCGCUGGGGUCACGACCUUGGCCCCGAGAGUCGAAGGGUCGCCCUCAAGAAGUUCCGUUACUACGGCUACAACGGCUACCUUAGCGACCGCAUCUCCCUCACGCGACCGAUCCCGGAUUUACGACCUGACGGGUGCAGAAACAUGUCGUACUCGUCGGACCUUCCUCAGCUCAGCGUCAUCUUCAUCUUCGUCAACGAGGCGUUGUCGGUGUUGCUGCGCUCCGUCCACACGGCGAUCCAGAGGACUCCGUCACACCUCCUCAAAGAGAUCAUCCUCGUGGACGACCACAGCAGCAGCGUGGAGCUGAAAGAACACCUGCAGAGCUUCGUGGACGAGACCAACGCUCAGCACGGCCCGGGCUUCAUCAAGGUGGUCCGCCAUGACAAGCAGGAAGGACUGAUCAGGUCCAGAGUCAGCGGGUGGAGGGCCGCCACCGCGCCCGUCGUCGCUCUGUUCGACGCGCACGUGGAGUUCAACGCCGGGUGGGCAGAACCUAUUCUGCAACGGAUAAAAGAGGACCGGACCCGUGUGGUGUCCCCGUCGUUCGACAACAUCAAAUACGACACGUUCGAGAUAGAAGAGUACCCGCUGUCCGCUCAGGGCUUUGACUGGGAGCUGUGGUGUCGAUACCUCAAUCCACCAAAGUCCUGGUGGACUCAACGCAACCACACGGCGCCUAUCAGAAGCCCUGCUCUGAUUGGCUGCUUCGUGGUCGACAGGAAGUACUUCGAAGAGAUUGGCCUGCUGGACGAAGGCAUGGAAAUCUACGGCGGAGAAAACGUGGAGCUCGGCAUCAGGGUUUGGCAGUGUGGCGGCAGCGUGGAGGUCCUGCCCUGUUCCCGGAUUGCGCACAUCGAGCGCGCCCACAAACCGUACACGGAGAACCUGACGGCCCACGUUCGUCGGAACGCUCUGAGGGUGGCUGAGGUCUGGAUGGACCAGUACAAGAGUCACGUCUACAUGGCCUGGAACGUUCCACUUCAGAACUCAGGAAUCGACAUCGGGGACAUUUCUAAGAGGAAAGCCUUGAGAUCCAGACUCCAGUGCCGACCGUUCAGCUGGUUCCUCUCCAACAUCUACCCAGAGCUGCGAUCCUACAGCGACACAGUUGCUUAUGGAGUGCUGAAGAACAGCCUCAGGGACAACCUGUGUUUGGACCAGGGACCUGACACCGACAAUGUCCCCAUCAUGUAUCUCUGUCACGGGAUGACACCACAGAACGUUUACUACACCAGCUCCCAGCAGCUCCACCUGGGAGUGCUGAGCCCGACGAUCGACGACGACGACAACAAGUGUCUGGUGGACGUGAACAGCAGACCCAGGCUGCUGGAGUGCAGCUACGCGGCCACCAAGCACAUGAAGCUCACCUGGAUGUUCGCUCAGGGUGGCUCCAUCCAGAACAUGGAGUCUCAGCGCUGCCUGGAGCUGGUGGAGAGCAGACAGUCGGAGUUCACUUUCCAACUCGUCAUUCAGGACUGCACCGAUCAGAAAUGGACCAUCACUAACAUACUGACUGUGCUGCCUCAGUGAAAACGCUGGAACACACUUUUCUUUUGUGUCGUGACGGACUAAUCCAGCAAGCGAGGAAGCCAAAAAAAAAACUCCAAACUGAUCAGAGCUGUGGUGCACGAGUCCAGUUAGAAAUGGACAAACAUGCUGAUCUAAGCAGCAAACUAACUGUCCAAAAAAUGAGCUUAGAAACCGGACCUAUUUUUAACGAGAAUCCACACAGGAAGAGAUGUGCUUCAAUCAGACACGGACCAUCAGUAACCUAAUAACCGUUUUAUACCAAUGACCUGAGAGUAGAGACACUCACAGAUGGUGCCGAGGCUCUUAAAACUUCCCGCUCUGCAAUCGAAAUGAGAAAUAUAGUCGCUUGUUCCAGGGGACAGGCUCAUGAAAUCAUGUAAGCGCUCUGGUUAUUGCAGGAGCAGGUCUGUGAUGUAUUUUUGGGUUCCCCAUCUGCCGUUUAAAGACGGUGGCGUCGGGGCCCGUGCUCCCUCGGUAUCAUCGCACAAUCACUGUAACAAAUUGAGUGAGCGUGGUUUCAAUAUGUUUGUUGUGCAGAGGGAGAGAUACAAGGUGAGUGACUCGCACUCAUUCCAGGAAGGGAAAAAAAAAAAAAUCAAGCAAUUUCACAACGUAAACGAGAUGAUUCGUUUGCACAAAUUAUCUGGAGGAGGCAGGUUUUGAUUUAUUACCGUUACACGCUACUUGACUCGGAGUGCAGGCAGGACAGAUGCUGCAGAUUCCCGUCCCUCAGUAUCGCGAAUAAGGUGAGAAAGUGCAACGGAGAAUAACCGCAGAGUGAUUGAAACUUCUGAGGGAUGGAGUUUCGAUUACAAUCCCGGUUUAAAGAGUGUGCUUUGGAAAUUAAUUAGAUCAGAAGCGGAGCUGUCCAUCAAUGCCGGCAGGCGGCAUGUUUGGGGUUCAGAGACGGAGCAGGAGAUUGAUCCGAUAAAGAAGAGUUCCUGGCUCCUGUAACACGAGCAUGUACAGUAACAGGACUCUGACUCAUGCAACAUUAAUACGAUAAGGAAAGUGUUGCAUUGAAAAUGCUCAAGAGUUCAAGACGAGCACGAGUCCAAUAAAACUAAAGCAAAGAGCUCGAAACCAGGUGAAAUCUAAUCCCAUGUUCACGUGUUUCAGCAAACGUUAUAUAUUCAGAGGUGUCUGUGUACGCCCACACAGUCCUGAGAAGAUGACAGACAUGCAGCAGCUUUAAAACGUCCUAUUUUACUGUUGGGCCGUCUGGAACCUCAGCCAAUAAGAAGUUCGGGCUACAGUGAUUAUUAUUAUAAGAUAUAUUAAAGCAACGCUGCUUAGAAGUUGGCAUUUUUUUCUGAUCUGUAGCCUCCAGUUUCAGAGUGCAAUCUCCCUGUGGUAAAUUUACGCAGCUGUACUCGAGUAUUUGAUCUGAUUACAUUACUUGCAGACAGCCAAACAUCAAC